AUGCGAGAGAUGAUGGUGCGUAAACGGUUCAUCUGUUGCUUGAUAAGCCUUCAUCUGAUGAUGGGUUGCACUGGUGGUAACGAGAUGUGUAAGACCUCCAGUAGUGGCCGUCGGUGGGCGUGUCCUCCUCCUUGGAUCCAGUGGGGUGGCAAAUGCUACAGAGCCAUCAUGAAUCCUUUGACAUGGGCUGAAGCCAAAGAUGAGUGCAUCAAAAUGGGAGGUGUCUUAGCCGUGCCGCAGUCUCAGGAGGAAACCGAUUUCCUCAUGCGUCUAGUGCCUACCAGGUUUUGGAUCAAUUGCAACAAUUUCGAGGAAGAAGGUAUCUGGAAAUGUCUGGAUCUCACUGAUGAGGUGGAGUUCAUGAAUUGGGCGGCUAAACAACCCGAUAACCAUGGAGGAAAUGAGGACUGCGUUGAGUUGUUUCGAAGUGGGAAAUGGAAUGAUCUGCCGUGUCAUAUCUGGAAGUGUCAGGAUGGUACUGAUGAGGUGGAGUUCAGGAAUAGGGUGACAGAUGGAAACCAACUGCAACCUGAUAACUCCGGAGGACUGCGCUGUGGCACGGCCAAAUAG